UGGCUGUGGGAUGCUCCAUUAAUGCUUUUAUUGAAGCUGGAUCGGGUUUGACAUCGUCCACCACUUCCACCUCCUCCCGCAUCCCCAUCCCACCCUCAUCCUCGCAGACAUCAUGACGGCAGGGCUAAAAACCAUCAUAUCCCUCUCUUUCAUCCUCGCAAUCGGCUUCCUCCUCGUCAUCCUAUCCGCCGCUCUGUGGCAUAACUUCCUCCCCCUCCUCGUCGUUGCCACAUAUGUGAUAGCCCCGCUACCGAACUGGAUAUCUCUCCCAGCUCUCCUGGCACAUAGCGGCGCCAUCCAGAUGUCCGCGAUGGUCAUGUCGAUCCUAGGCGGUCUGUUGAUAUACGGCACCAUCAUCAGUUUCUCAAUGUUUUUCCAAGAGCAGGAGGAAUUCUAA